AUGCCUACAAUCCACGAGCUCCACACACUCCUUUCGCAGGCCGAAAGGACCAUCCAAGCGCGCGCAAACGACCUCGCCGACGCACAAGAGCAUCAGGAGCAAGUCGCAAGGGACUGCUCGAGAGAUAAGUACGACAAGAAGUGGUCUCAAGCAAAGAAUGCGACCCAACGAGCCCAGCGGAGGUACGAGAGGGCUUUGAGGGAAACAGAGAAGCUUGAGCGUUCCAUCCGCAACACACCUCCCUCACGGGACCACACAUCGAAGGCUCGCUCCACGCCUCUUCCCGACACCGGGCCCGCGCAAGGUACACUCUUCCACCUCGAGAUUGAGCACUGGAGAGAGCAGUGCGUGGACUGUUGCACGAAUUACCCGGCUCUUCGAGCUUUUCCUGUUCCUCCCAUUCGCAGACCUUGCAUGAAGCAAGCGUGCCGGAAGGAGACGCGUGCCCUUGCCGUCUGUAAGUGUCAGAUCCAGCAUGCCUUUCACAGAGUGCCGGACCUCAACCUGAAGAAGGAACGCAUCGCAUGGCAUCCGGAUAAGUUCGCUGCUUGUUUACAGAGGAAGGAUGAGUUUCAGGGCAUGGCGAAGGAGAUUUUUGUGGUGGUUGAUGAGAUGUAUCGCCGAACGCAGGUGUAA